CAACGAAUAAUUUCUCGUCCUCGGGAUGAACGUGGAACCCUUUUUGGGCACACGAUUCCACCACACUCAUGCCAUACGACGUCAGUACGAAUGUGCCAACCCUAAAAACAAACCCAUUGCUACAACCUCGUAG